AAGAACUCAAGGUGUCUCAACCCAUUAGGGCACGUGGACAAAACUCUGCGUCCACAGCCAGCCUCUUCUUUGACACUCCCACUAGCACCUGAGCGCAGCUCGUGCCUGGAGCUCUGUGCAGACGGCCUCUCUUUCCUAGGACAACGCGAGGGCUGAGCCAGAAGGAAGAGGACAGAGCACAGCCAUGAACAUUGUCUUGGAUAUCCUCCUGCUCCUGCUCACCAUCGUCUACUCCUACUUGGAGUCGUUGGUGAAGCUUUUCAUUCCCCAGAGGAGGAAGUCGGUGGCCGGGGAGAUCGUCCUCAUCACCGGGGCCGGGCACGGCAUAGGCAGGCUGACUGCCCACGAAUUUGCAAAACGCCAGAGCAGACUGGUUCUGUGGGAUAUUAAUAAGCGUGGUGUUGAGGAAACUGCAGCCCAAUGCCGAAAACUGGGGGCCACCGUGCAUGCGUUUGUCGUAGACUGCAGUAACAGAGAGGCCAUCUACAGCUCUGUAAAUCAGGUGAAGAAAGAAGUGGGUGAUGUAACCAUCGUGGUGAAUAACGCUGGGGCAAUCUAUCCAGCCGAUCUUCUGAGCACCAAAGAUGAAGAGAUCGCCAAAACGUUUGAGGUCAACAUCCUAGGACAUUUCUGGAUCACAAAAGCACUUCUUCCAUCGAUGAUGAAGAGAAAUCACGGCCAUGUAGUCACAGUGGCUUCCCUGUGCGGCCACGGAGUAAUCCCUUAUCUCAUCCCAUAUUGUUCCAGCAAAUUUGCUGCUGUUGGCUUUCACAGAGCUUUGACAUUGGAACUUCAAGCCUUGGGAAAAACCGGUAUCAAGACCUCAUGCCUCUGCCCAGUUUUUGUCAAUACUGGGUUCACCAAAAACCCAAGCACAAGAUUAUGGCCCGUGUUGGAGACUGAGAAAGUUGCAAGAAGCCUGAUAGAUGGGAUACUUACCAAUAAGAAAAUGAUUUUUGUUCCAUCAUAUAUCGGUAUCUGUCUAAUACUAGAGAAGUUUCUUCCCGAACGCGCUUUGGCAGCUAUAAAUCGUGUACAGGAUAUUCAAUUUGAAGCAGUUGUUGGCCACAAAAUCAAAAUGAAAUGAAUAAAUGAGCUGCAGCCACAGAUAUAUGCACGUUAACGACAUGACUCUAACUUUAGGGUCCAUGCUUCAGAGCUCUAUUCCACAUUCUCCAGCCAUGUUGACAUUAAAAACAUUGGUUUGGCCCUAACAGCAGUAGAACGAACAAGACUAAUCACCUUUCUGUUUUGCAAGAAUAUUAACGUAGUUUUUAAUAGUCAGAUUCAUUUUUCAUCCCAUGUCUCUUAAAAAUUUCUGUGCUUACAUAAACAUACUUAAAAGGUCGGUUUUUUUUCUUUAA